CAUUACUAGUUAUAUAGUUUUUUUAGAAGCUACACAACAUUUUUUAAUCGGGCACUCAUCACGAGCACACGCGCGCGCGCACACACACUGUUCCGCUCGUUGAGUGUUUACGGUAGCUCGCGCCUAGUUUCGUACAGAGUGUAGUAGUUUAAUCGCUCAUUUUGUGAGCGUAGGUUGACAGCUCUCUCCUUGUAGUUGAUUCGUCCCGGUACUUCACGUCAAGAUUAUGGGCUUUGAUCUAGACCGUUUUGAAGGUCCCGUGGAUCCGGACUUAAUCUGUAAACUGUGUGGGAAAGUUUUAGAAGAUCCUCUCAGCACUCCGUGCGGACAUGUCUUCUGCGCCGCGUGCGCGCUCCAGUGGCUCGCCAAAGUCAGCCGCUGCCCUGUCCAGUGCCAGAAGAUCUCCACCAAAGAGCUGAACCACGUCCUGCCCCUAAAAAACCUCAUUCUCAAGCUGGACAUCAGAUGCGACCACCGUGAACGAGGCUGCAACCGGGUAAUGAAGCUCCAGCAUCUGCCAGAGCACGCGGAGACCUGCGAAUUCUCUCCGGUCAGUUGCGGGAAUAAAGGAUGCGACGCGGUGCUCAGCUUGAGGGAUGUGGCCUCACAUAUGCGGGAGGAAUGCGAGCACAGGGCGUUGGAUUUCUGUAAGGAUGGAUGUGGACUCGCGCUGACCCUCAAGAGGUCGGAGGAGGACCACAGCUGUCUCCAGGCUCUUAGGACACACAGCGGUCUCCUCCAAAGCAAAGUGCUGAGUCUGGAGAAGGAGCUGAAGCGCCAGUCUCUGAGCUUCAGUAAGAGGGAGAGAUCUCUCCUCUCCAAACUGUCCGCGCUCCACUGCGAGCUGCACAUCACAGCGCUCACAUUUCAGAGGAAAAUCACCGAGUACAAGAGCAGGAUUGACGCGCUGUCGAGCAGCUGGAUGCCCCUCGAGAAGGGUGAAGAAACAAGGAGCCUCAAAGUCACCCUCCACAGAACAUCAUCAGGAUCCCUUGGAUUCAGUAUCAUUGGAGGGAGAUUGUCUGGGGAACCAGAGCAGAAUUGGGAUAUCAGUGAUGGCAUCUAUGUAUCCAAGAUAGUGGAAAACGGAGCAGCUGACAAGGCCGGACUGCAUGUUCAUGACAGGAUCAUUGAGGUUUGUUUUUAUGAAUUAAACGGCAGCUAGCACAAGUCCUUCGCAAAGUUCGAAAAGUUUUUUCUUAGACAGGAUGAAGGCCAAAAUGCUGGAUACACUCAAACUUCACACUAUGGAAGAAAAAGGUCACCAAGACAAUCACUAGACAGAUGAAAGCCAAAGGAGAUAGACAUCAUACCGCUAGUCUGAGCUGCUCAACUGGUGCCAAUGUUUUCACAGUCUGUCUGUUAGAUUUGUCAGAUCCAGUCAGACUAACAAUGUUGGCGCCAUUGUAAGUUGAUUUCACACUGGGCGGACUUCUUUAAAAUGGGUGUUAGUCUGUAGACUUUUUCAGAUAUUCAUAUUUAACAGGAACAAAGUGUGUCAUAUAUAAAAGAGAAUGUUUUCUGUUAUGGCACACAACACAACAUCAAGAUAUAGUAGCUUGUAAAAAUCUACAAAAUGUGACAUCUGUGCCCAUCCAGAAUGCUGUUAUAACAUCAGCUAUGUCACUGAAUGUCUAAGAAUAAAUAAAAAAACAUGUUUUCAUUG